UUUCAGGGAUAAAUAUCGUUUCUAUGCAUGUUUGCUGCGAGCACGCUUUGAUGAGAACAAACAUGAGAAGGACAUGAUAAAGGCCACCAUGAUGCUGAAGGCAGGUGAGGAGGAAUUCUGGGCCAAUCAGCACCCGCAGCCUUACUUGUUCCCAGACUCUCCUGGAGGAACAUCCUAUGAAAGAUAUGAGUGCUACAAAGUUCCUGAAUGGUGUCUAGAUCAAUGGCAUCCCUCAGAGAAAGCUAUGUAUCCUGAUUACUUUGCUAAGAGAGAACUGUGGAAAAAGCUGCGGGUUCAGAGCUGGGAUAAAGAGGUCCAGCAGCUGCAAAAUGAAACCCCUGCUGAUGGCCCUAAAUCUGAGGCCCUGCCCCCAGCCCGUAAGGAAGGAGAACUCCCACCCCUGUGGUGGCAGUUUGUCACUCGUUCCAGAGAGCGUCCCAUGUAAGGAUGUGUUCCGAAGAUCAUUUAGCAUAGGUGUUUAAACCGGCCCUGUGUUUGUCAAACAACACUAUGCCCUAAAUCUUAAUUAAAGUAUAAUGCAAAUAA